UUAUCUUUGUUUAGAAAGUAAACAACUUGAUCUUUCGUCCCAUUACUUUUUGAGACAGUCGCGGAAGUACUAAAUUUGGCCGUCUCUUUAUCAACAUUCUGCAUCGGAAAAGUCGGAAGAAGUUAAUUUCGUGUUUGAAAUAGUUAUAUUGUUCAAGCAUCAACCCGAAAUAUUUUUCAACUGUUAUAGCAUUGUCUUGCCUAUUUUAGUCGAAAGUAUUUACCUCUUCCACAUUUAAACUUUCAAAUGCGACUUGGGGGUCAUGGCCAUCAGUAUUCUUUUAACCGUGGUUAACUGUGCUCUGUGCGCCGAUAUUGUUGGUUGUUGGUGGACUUCAUUUAAAGAAUGAUUAGGUACUUAUGUUAUUUAUAAAUGGUAGUGUUAACAGUAUACAAUGACAUGUACGCGUUGUACUUCAUUGUCAUCGGAUUUGCAACUGUGUCUUCUAACAACUUAGCUCUUUUAUCAGGCACGUUGAGAACCUACCAGCGAGCUGGGUGCGACGAUGACUUCGUUAUUCUAAGAUGUCCACCUGGAACGAGUAUAUCAAUACAACUAGCACAGUAUGGUACGUCUACUCUAACCAAAGAUCUCUGUCGGCCAAAGUCAACACAAAGCUCAUUCUCAAGAAAUUCCACGAAUACAUCUUGCCUAUGGCCCAACGCCUUACAGAGUAAAUGGGAGGAAGUUGCCCAAGGAACAUGGGGGAGCUAUUCGCUGUUACAGACAGUCGUGGAGGUUUGUCAAAAGAAGCGACAAUGCAAGUUUAAGUCUUCGCCGAAAACAUUUGGUGGAAAUCCGUGCCCGGGUGUUCGUAAAUAUGUGGAAGUUGCCUAUAAGUGCAGGCCAUACGAAUUUCGAAGCAAGGUGGCAUGCCAAAACGAAGGAAUACAACUAACUUGUAAUCCGAAUUCGAGAAUUGCGAUUUAUAGCGCCAGUUAUGGAAGAACAGAGUAUGAAAGCAUACAAUGUCCUCAACCGCAGGGAGUCCCGGAAGAAACUUGUUUGGUCAGUUAUGGUACCGAGACGGUGAUGAAACUCUGCCAUGGGAAAAGAACUUGUGACGUUUUGGCAGACAUUAAAACGUUCGGCAGCCCGUGCCGCCCAGAAUCGCGGAUGUACCUAAAAGUUAUUUACACCUGCGUCCCACGAAAGGUGUUAAAGGAGCAGUUCGAAGGCCAACCUGAACCGGAUGAGCUGAAUAACGAAAUGGAAAAUUCAGAUACCGACGACGAUUUUGAAAAUUAUGAUGCGGGGGACGAGUUUAUAAGAGAGUCGGCGGCGUCUCCUUCUUCACCUAAUAUCGGAGGACCCACUUCAGGAGAUAAUGCUACCAGAGAUUCAGCAGAUAACAUUAGAAAUCCACCUCUUAUAACACAAAAAGAACAGGAUACAG